AUGAGCUGGAGUGACAUGUCGCUGGACGACUAUGGGGGCACUAAGGUUCUGCUGCAGCGCCUGGCUGCUUCUCCGUUGGUGCGCCAGAGCAUCCCCAACGCCUCGGCGAUUUGCAAUCAGUACUUCAGCUUUGCUCGUAAGGCUCACGAGCCUAUGACCCAGUUCCUGGUCAGGGAAGCACUUGGCUUCUCUGAGUUUGUUGAGGCUUUGGUGCGCCUGGCUGAGGAGAAGCGUGGCAUUCGACAAGAGGACAAGGACUUUGGCCUUCCUGCUGGGGAGGCUGACUAUGAGCAGGACUAUGACUCCGGCUGGGAUGCAUGGUGGGAUGAUUGGGCUGAGUGGCCGCAGGACGAUGUGAACGCUCCUGACCCCGAGAAUGGUGACUUCGAUCCCAACUCGGCUCAACCCACUACGACAUUGCCGGCGUCUACGUCCCGAGCGGAGAGUGGCUCGCCUCAUGGUGGUGGAUAUCAACGUGUACCUCAAGGCACGAUGUCUUCACCUAGCCGACGAUCGGCUGGGGUGCAGCCCUCACUGGCUGGUGAGGAGCUCAAUGAGCUUAGCUUUGCAGACUCCUUCGUCCUCGGAGUCUUGCGAGGGUUCCGCCUUCUUCAAGCCGCAGGCUUGAGUGCUGAUGAACGCCGAGACAUUUUGUCGGCGACCCAUGGAUCCCUCGACUUCGAUGAGGUGAACAGGGCACUCCAGACCCUAUGGGACGAGCAGUUCACUGGCAGCCGCUCAUCACAUCCAACUCUCUUCAACUCCAACUGGCACGAAUUGGCCACUGUUGAGGAGGAAGAACCUGAAGCUGAGUGGCACCCCGCCACCUGGGACUCAUGUCACGUCUCCGGUGACGGGGGACAAGAGGAUUGGUCUUCAUGGGAUUGGGCUGACGCCUACAACGUGGAGGCCUACGAGGACAAGAACACCACCCAGGAGGAGAAUGACGAGGACUUGAAAGAAGCGCAGAAAGCUGAGCGCAUGGCCGAAUCCUUGGCUGUGGAAGCUCAACGUUCCUGGGCUGAAGCUCAAAGAGCGACCGCCGCGCUUCGCAAAGAUCGUGGUUUCGGACAACAACCUCCAUCAGGUGGCAUGGGCAAAGGACGUGGUCCCUGCUUCCAAUGUGGAGGCCCUCAUCUUUCUCGAGAAUGCCCUGACCGUCGACAUCCUGGUCCCUACAAGGGAAAAGGCAAGAGCAAAUGGAACUACCUGACUGAGUAUGAUCCGUACACGUACGACGACUUCUUCACGGGCAAGAAGGGUGGUGGCAAGAAGGGAAAGAAUGUCCAUUGGCUUGACGCUCAAGCCUGCACAAAAGGCAAGAAAGGGAAGGGCAAGUCCAAUGCCCCAGUGGGACGACCUUCCGUCAAUGCCUACAACACUGAGAUGCUCUUUGGUGCCUUAGAUUUGCAGGCUCAGAUCAAUGAGACUGAGCGCACGGUUUCUCCAUCUGAGACACAUGGUCUCCUGGAUUGCGGGGCUACAGCUUCUGCUGGCCCUCAGAUUGCAGUUGAGCAACUGAUCUCAACGAUCGUCGACCGUGACCGACAGGCCGUGGUUUCGAUUCACAAAGAAGAUCGGCCCUACUUCAGGUUCGGGAACGGCAAAUGGGGACAAGCGCUUUAUCGUGUUUCGUUGACCUCGGCUGUUUCUGGAAAGCCUCAUUGUUUUGAACUUUAUGCACUACCAAAUCCACCAGGUCUUCAUGAUCCUUCGUUCGAUCGGUCGCAACUGGUCCCCAUCCUGAUCGGCAUGAACCAUUUGGCAGGUCCACAUUCGUCCAUGAUGGUUGACUUUGCAACAGGUUUUGCUUUGGAUUCACAUGAGGCCCAUCCAGACAUUUACCAGUUGGAAAAGAACAAGAAGGGUCACUACAUGUUGGACAUCGCCUUUUUCCUCACCCGUGGUUUUACAUGUCAUGAUGGACAUCCCCGCAUCCAUGUGAUUGAGAAAGACACCUCCAACAUGAUCAACGACCACCACACACUUCAGUUCAUGCCCUUGGAACUUCUUUCCCAAGAACAUGCACGAGUGGUUCAUGAACAUGAUGAAGCCCGACUCCGACAGUCACGUCAACAGUUGAUGACACUACAUGAUUAUGUUUGUGGCCGCCGUCUUCAGCUCUCAGCUGCUCAAAUGCACGGCAGCCAGCUGACCGAAGAGCAGGGGAACAAGAUCUGGGACAUCAAGACGGCAGCCGCGGACUUCAGGGAGAAGAUCACCGGCAGCCGCGAGAAGGAGCCACCUCGGCCCUUCGAUCCUCCUCGAGGAGUCGGCCCGGAUCCAAGAGAUCCUCGGAUGAGUCCGGAGCAGUGGCCGUGCUACGGGGAACAUCACCUGGGCUCAGUGCGAGCGAACCCUCACGGUCAAUGGCAACACUGCCAAGUGUGCAACAUCCGCUGGAUGUAUGUCCCUCGCAAGGGCUCCCAUGGCCAGAACACCAAGACCGAUGCUCCACCCUUGGUUCAACGGAUGCUGGGCGAGCUGAAAGUUUUGAUGAACUCGGAACGUCCAUCGGCCGAGACCGUCCAUGCCAUGCAGAAGAAGGUGGAUGCGGACAUCGUCCUGGAGGACCUCGUGCACCGCCAGAUCUCCAAGAUCCAAGGGGAGCGCAACAUGCCGGAGCAGACGGGCAAGGCCGUGGUGAAAAGCUCCGGGUAUCCUUCCACCUCGCCGGCGACCCCGACCUCGAGGAACAAGACCAAGGGUCAGACAUCCAGUCCUUCCUCAUGGGAGAUUUGCACUCCUCCACCGACCGACCACUUCGAGAAGGAUGUCAAGCAGCUGCUGAACCCCAAGGAGAUGGAACAGCUCAUGCAGCCUACGAGGAGGAUGCAUGACUUCAUCGACCUCUUCCACUAUGCCCUUGAAGAGCUCUAUGGCCGCGAAGCUGCUGCUGAUGGCUACAACGCUGCUGAGCUCUAUGGCAUCAACAACUAUGGACUUCGUCAUCGACCUCGCCGGAUUAACCUCCAACAGGGCUAUGACAUCUAUAAGACGGCAACCUGGGAGCAUUUGAAGGGUCUUCGACGCCGUCAUCGUCCCCGGCGACUGUGGUUCAGUCUUCCCUGCACCAAGUGGUGCCAAUGGUCCAAGCUCAACUACGCCACAGAGGAGCGUCAAGAACUGCUGGCCACAUAUCGCCGUCGGGAGCGACGCAUGCUAUGGCAAGCAGCUCACUUCAUUGAAGACACCCUCAACGAGGACCCCGAGACCGACAUCUACUGGGAAUGGCCCUGGCCUUGCGAAGGAUGGAAUCAACGACCUUUGGAGUACAUUGCUCACCUCCUUCAAGCUCGCGGUCGUGAAUGGCUUCCAUGCCGUGUUGAUGGGUGCAACUAUGGUCUCCGUGCUGAUGAUGGUGCUGGCGACUUCCUCCGGAAGCGAUGGAUGAUUCGGACAACCAGCUCCUUCUUCCACCAGCGCUUCAAAGCUAAGGUAUGUCCUGGCAGCCACCGACAUGCCUGGAUUCAGGGAGCCGAGACAUCGAAGAGCUCCUACUAUCCAUGGCGCAUGGUCAAAUCGAUGGCCCUGGCAUGGCGUCAAGAGUAUGUCUCUGACCGCAACAUGCAGCUCAUCUUUGCCAAGGAGGACAAGCCCUACAUGAUCCCGAUUGAGGACGAGAUCAACAUGGAGCGUGCUGCACUUCAAGCACUACCUGCUCUCCAAGAACAACCAGCGGGACAAGAACUUCUACCCGAAGGUGGUGCCACAUCCAGCUCUACCUCCCUGACUCCAACCUCGGAUGAGCUGAAAAAGUGGAAGGCCCGGCUGGCCCAUUUCCACAAAGCAGCGGGUCAUCCAACUGCCCGCAACCUCGCUCGUCUUGUGCGAGAGGCAACCGAUGAGAUCAUUCAGGCACUUGUUCAAGGCUGGCUUGGUCAUUACCCACGACCAAAACUGGUGGUUGCCGACAAUGCCAAGAGCUUCAUCUCUUCAAAGUUCCACGACUUCCUCCAGUCCGAGAACAUUCAGGUCCACUACCCUCCUGAGAAAGAGCCGUGGGGUCAUGGCACUGUGGAGGCCGCCGUUGCUGACAUCAAGCACGUGGCUACAGCUAUCCACCAGGAGAACCUGAACAACAGCCCUGAGAUGACUCUCACGCUGGCAGCUUCAGCCUUGAAUGGCACUGAGUACACCGCCGGCUACUCCUCCCAUCAAUGGGCAUUUGGCACCAAGUACUCCAUCAGCGACGAGGACAUUCGCAUCUGGAAUGCCAUCGAGCCCAAGGAAGAUUUUCUUCGGAUCACCAAGGCUCGCUCUGAAGCUGAGGAGAUUGCGCGUCGAUCGCGUGCGAGAAGGGUGCUAAGUAAGCUGGCCAACACUACUGUCCGACAACCGGUCCGACAGUAUGCGCCGACAGAACUGGUCAUGGUCUGGCGCAAACUUCAAGCUGGAGAACAACAUCAAGGGGAAGACCCCACACAAUGGAAGUCCUUGGAUGAUAUGAUCCCCAAGAAGGAGUACACCGACCUUCUUGAUGAAGAACCCGGCGAACUCGAUCAGGAACUACCUGACCUACCAGCGGCUCCAGAUGAGACUACGCUGGCUCCGAUUCGCCGAGCUGUGGGAAAACCCACCCUGAAGGACUCCGACUACAAGGACUUCAAGGUUCCUGAUGAAGAGUACACACCAUCUCUGCCAGAUCCAGAACCUGGCGAUGAUCCUGAACCAGAGGGCACUACAUCCUUGCCUUCGUCUUCUACAAGGGUCAAUGACUAUGGAGAAAAUGAAGCGCCAGAUCCAAAGAAGCUCAAAUUGGCCGACGCUAAGGAGCCAGAAGUCAAACGCCAUCGUGGCGACCAUGAGACUGAGUAUGACCUCAAAUGGUUGGAUCUGCUUCGUGAAGAGGCGCAAGAUGAGAUCACGCACCACGACCUCUUCGCCUUCCUGGAGUCCUAUGAUGGUGAAUGCCUCUCCAUCGAAAUUGUGGUCGACCAGAACAGCUAUGUGGAAGGGCUCACCAACCGUCUCCGUGAGCAAGAUGCUCUCCGACCCUCAGAGGUCGCAGCGUGCCGGACGGCGCUCGGAGCCCUACAAUGGCUCGCUGUGCAGUCGCAACCACUCCUGACUGCGCGGUGCAACCUGCUCCUUUCUGAGGUCACCACUGCCGGAACCUUGGAACAUGCCAGGGAGAUCCAGGCAAUGAUUGCCGAAUGCCGUGCUCAGGCCACAUCUCUCGAGUUCGUGAAGUUUGAUGACAUCUCCCAUUGGUCCGAGGUAGUGUUCAUCGGCAUGGGCGAUCAAGCUCACAACAACAGGAGCAAAGGCGAGAGCACUGGAGGCUUCGUGAUCCUGGCCUCAUCACCGGCUUGCAAGGCCGGACAUGUCUGCAGGAUGAGCCUCUUGGCUUGGCGCACCUGGCGUCUAAAACGCCGGGCAGUGGGAAGCAACGACGCUGAGGUCCAGGCGAUUUUGGAGACGGAAGAUGUCCUGUUCCGCUGCAGAUUGCUAUGA